AUGGACAUGGAGACGAACGCCAAUCCUCAGUCAGAGACGUUUUUUCGACCGCCGGCGAAGAAAAGAAAGUUCCUACGACGCCGGGCUGAGGACCUGCCGGAGGAUGGUGCAGACGACAGCCUCCCAGUUGCGCCUCGGUCUCGAUCUCAGUCCCCACGAGAUACGCCGCAAGAUGCUACGGCCCCUUAUGACUUCAUUCGCCGGCGACGGCUUCAUCGAGCCCGCAAAGGUGGUAUCGAAUUCUCCGCCACCUCGCGGCAAACGACAGUCACGGCGAACCAGUCUGCUUUAUCUUCGGCAACUACGGAAGAACUAGAGACUGAGAGAAUUCAAUCAAUGUGUGAUCGGUUCACGGCCCACACAGGACAAACGGUGGAUGUUGACAGGCACAUGAUGACGUAUAUAGAAUCGGAAAUGGCCAAGCGGAAUCAACGAACUGGGCUGACGGAUGCAACCGACUCCGAUACUGUCGGGACAAAGGAAGCCAGCGGUGCACCGCUUUCCUUGGAUCUCCCGCAACGCGAGCCUGCGUCACUGGGUAAGCUGCACGAAAUCGAUCUCGGCCAGGAGACCAAACUGGAGAAUAUCGCGCGGACGGAGGCUGCUACAAGAAGACUCGCUGGUGGCGACCACGUGGAAGACGCGCAACCCCGAGAUGACGAGUUUCCCUCGAAGAACACCUCCACACAUGAUAGGAAAUCAUGGCGUCACCAAAAACGGCGGACUAGUGAGGAUGACCAGAGAGACAGGCUGGUUGAAGAAGUUUUGCGUGAAAGCAGGCUCGAUGUUUACGAUGAACCUGCGGAAGAGGAUACGACCGUUGCCGAUGACCAAGCUGCCGAUGACAAGGUUGCCGAGCAGUUUCGGAGGGAUUUCCUCGAUGCCAUUCAGUCCCGUCGUCGGGUGGCACGAGCGCGAAACACCAAAACCACCAAGCCGGAAGCGCCGCGCGGUCCUAAACUUGGAGGUAGUCGCAGUGCUAGAGCUGCGAUGCGAGAGAUGCAGGAUAAAUCCGGGCGAAAAUGA